AUGACCAGUGAAGAGAGAGCCGAGGCCAUCUGCCGAAACACACUUGGAGCCUAUACUUGCCAAUGCCCUGCCGGCUGGUCGGGCGAGUUCUGCCAGGUACCACCCACCCAGUGGCCGGCUGGUUACCAGCCAAAGCGGCUUAAAUCAUUGUCUGAGCAGGCGGCUGACUGGCGCCAAUUGGCGGACAAAAGGCAGGCUGAGAUAGACUCAGCAGUCGCCGCGGCCGGGGUGGCGUCAGCUUCCGACAUGUCGUCGGGACGAGAAGGAGUCGUGGAG